AUGUCCAGGCGUAGCUAUGCCGGCAGCAUGCAUGAGAGGAGGGCGUCCCGGCUCCGGGUCACUGAGGACGAGCUCGUAAAUCUGCUCAGCUAUCGCAUCUCGCCCAAGGCCGUCGAGGCCGCUCAGGCCGUGCAGAAGCAGGAACAGGAGCGCGAACGGGACUACUCGGCGCGGAUAACCAAUGCCGUCUCCAACUCGAUCUUCUCGCUCGGUGAUCUCUUCCGGGAUGGGCAGAAGGGCGUGCGGUUCCCGAAGGACUUGAUCAAGGUUGUAGAGCAGAAACUGCAGGACAUUGCUAUGGGAAAGGAUGCUGCAUACUCCGACCAGUUGACACGAAGAAUCAUGGCCAUCUUCUAUGGCCAGGUUAAGGACGAAACAUUUCGACGACAGCUGAAGGAGAACCGCAAGAUCGAGGAGCUCAUCCUCGUCUUCGCCACGCAGGCCACCAAUGUCCUCAAGAAGGAACCAUCCCUAGCCGGAGACGCGUGGAAGGUGGAGCUCAACAACCAUAUCGCUCAGUUCGUCCGACUGCUACGCGAUUGUUUGCGGAACGUCAGCCAUCAGUCCUCAGACUCUGGAUACGACUCCGCCUCCACCUCAAAUCGGGAGUCGUUUAGUUCUGCAGCGAAACAAAUUAGCAUGUCUGUGAACGACAUGCCGCUGGUCAAAACGGCCGCGAAGCUCUUCAAGUUGACGACGAGCGUGACGCAGAAGGAGAUUGAUGACUUGGCGAAGUUCUGUUCCGAAAAGACAUGUCUGAAGAACAUCAAUGCCGGCGCCGCCUUCCCUCUCCGGCGAGAAGACUUCGAGUCCGACUCUGCGUACCAGUACUGGAGAACACUGGAGACAUCCCACCUCUCUCAGCUUAUGGUAGUUAUGAUGCAGUUCAAUCCCGAACUGGCAAAGUCAACACCUGCCGAAUCCCUCUCAUCAACAGAACGGCCAGGCUCGAUCUACUCCGCCUCCUCGUCAGGCGGACGACCAGGAUCAUACUACGACGGGGGCGCCAGGAUCCGACAUCCAUCCAUCGCGAGUCGGAACUCCAUCGCCUCGCUAGGCGGCGUCGGUCCGAGCGACCCAGACCUCGGCGCGCUGGAGGGCGACGAGGAAAUUCAGGUCGGCUUCCACUUCACUUCAUUCCCCCGAACCCCCGCAAAUACUACAAGCGUCUUCUCGAGUACUGCAUCGCCGCGGACCUCGAAGCAUGCUGAGCCCGCAGUGGGUGACGACGACGAGGUCUCACUCGGGAUCCUCUCGGCGCACCACAUCGAGCUCAUCAACGAAGUCGCGCUCCGCUGGCGCAUCGGGCAGCCGUACCGCGUCGCGUGCUUCCUGGACAUCUGCGUCCCGGAGGCGCUCAACAACAUCGCCCGCCUGGUCGCGGAGGUCGAGCUCGACAAGUGGCCGAAACAGGACCACUUCCUCUCCCACCUCUACCACUCUCUCGACGGCCUCCCGGCGAUCAAGGCGUCCGAGAUCCAGCCAUACCUCUCCAUUCUCGAGAUCGUUGGCGACCGUCAGCUUUGUCGCGAAGUCUCCGCGCGCUACUACGGCAACAAGCUGCACGAGCUCCAGUCUGAGCCCGGUGUCAACCGCGCCCUUCCAUUGCUGCUGAUGACGGACGAGAUCGAGAAGAACGCAAAGCUGCUCGACAAAGGUUCCCAGACCCGCUGCUCGGGUAAGCCAUCCAUGCCUCUCAUGUCUCAGCACGCUGAGCUGACGUCUUUGCAGGCAAAUAGAUAUCGUCUCGCUCAUGCUGAGAUCCAAAUACCACAUUUCCUGAUGGAUCUGGACGACUCCAAGAAGAGGCUCUUCGAGGAUUCCAUGAAUGGACCUACGCCAGAUGUGCCCAUCCAAGACAUCUUCGCGCUGUACCGGCGAACGAAGAUUCUUCUCGGGAUGUACGGGGCGUUUUGUCCCCAGGGAGACAUCCAGUUCAAUGUCGGCAUGUUCUUCGAGCCCUACGUCCGGCAAUGGCUUCUCAACACCGAUGACAAGACAACACAAUGGGUGCAAGCGUUCGAAGCCGAAGGCGAAGAAGGUCACAGUUCAUCCAUCAUCGAUCUGUUCGACUCGUUGCGCAGCCCGAUCCAGUUCUUGCAAGAUCUCGAGUGGGUCGACGAGUACCAGGAGGCGCGAUUCUUCACGAGCUUGUCCAAGACCAUCAGCAAGGCCAUCAACCAGUACUGCACGACGGUCGAGGAGAUGUUCAUGACCGAGAUGUUUCCGCGCAACGACUACCUCCAGCCGCAAAAGUCCUCCGCAUGGAUCGAGAAGGCGAAGCAGCUUACUGACCGGACGGAGAAGAAGAUCGAGACGUUCACCUUCCAGCCGGAGUCGUGUGUGAAGCUCAACAACAUCGAGGCCGCACGGCGGCUGCUCGACAGCAUGUACGAGCAGAUCGAGGCGGACAAGAAGAUGGACAUUCUUGAGCACACCGCGCCGCCGACGCCGGAGAAGGUCGACCGCAAGGAUCGCUUCCUCUUCACCGUCAAGGUCUCGAUGGCAGAGGGACUGGUCCCGCUCGAUAGCAGUCCAUCAGCACGGCUCGACACGUUCGUGACGCUCAGCGACGAACAAGGCAACCGUCUGGCGAAGACGCGCACGAUCUACGAGACGCUCAACCCUCGAUGGGACGAGUCGUUCGACGUCUCGCGUGCGGACCGCGCGCUGGUGGGCAAGCACGACACCGUCGGCCGCGCGUACCUCUGCCUCGACCCGAAGCGCUUCGCCGACUUCAUGGCGCACGAGCUUUGGUUCGACCUCGACUCGCAGGGGCGCAUCCUGCUGCGUGUCAGCAUGGAGGGCGAGAAAGACGACCUCCAGUUCUACUUCGGUCGCGCGUUCCGUUCGCUCAAGCGAGGCGAGAACGACAUGGUCCGCGUGUUCAUCGACAAGAUGACGCCGUUCAUCCACUACAGCCUGUCACGGUCCGUGCUGAAGUCGCUUGUCAAGUCGACGGCGCAAGGCAGCAUCGACUACAACAAGGCGUUCGGCAACGUCACCGCGCUGUUCGGGUCUGCCCUUGGCUCCAAAGACGAGGUCCAGAUCCCUCUUCCGCAAUCGGAAAAGCCGCGCUUCAAACCCGAAGGCCUCACGGACGUCGAGAUCGAGCAGGCGAUCGUGCCGCUGUUCAACUUCUUUGACGAGAACCUAUCGACGCUGAACACGUAUCUGAGCGAGACGACGAAGGACAUGGUGCUCGGCCGAGUAUGGAAAGAUAUCCUGAAGGUGAUCGAGGGCCUGCUCAUCCCGCCGCUGUCCGAGGCCCAGAGCGACAUGAAGCCUCUCACCGACAAGGAGGUCGAUAUCGUGUUCAAGUGGCUGAGGUUCCUGAGGGACUACUUCCAUGCGGGCGGUGAGGGCCCUAUCUCGCUCGAGGCGCUGCAGAACCAGAAGUACCGCGACAUCCUGUCCAUCCGGCUCUACUACGACUGGCACACGGACGCGCUCAUGGAGGAGUGCGUGCGGAUGAUGCAGCACAGUCUGCGGUCGGCGCCGUCGAUCAAGAAGCGGGCGAAGAGCAACCGCAAGAAGGAGAAGCAGCAGGAGAAGGAGAAGGACGUGAGCAACGGGGAGACCAUCCUCCGCAUCCUGCGCAUGCGGCCGAACACGUCCGACUUUAUCGCGCAGCAGCGGCAGGCGAUGAUCAGCCUGCAGGCGGAGCGCGACGCGGCGGCGAAGCAGAAGGAGAACCGGAAGCUGCAGCGGCCGCGGCAGCAGCAGGACUCCGGGAUCCCGCCGGUGCCCGAAGUGCCUCCUCUGCCGCCGAAGGGCGAGUAA